AUGCUUGCCCCUUUUUACCGCAAGGACCUUGCCUCUGGGGACCUCUAUCUCCCUAUCCUCGAGCCCCUCGCAGUUGUGGUACGUCGUGGAAGACCAGUUAUUGGACCCGAGCAGAUCCCCAUUGCUGCCAUCCCACGUGGAGACAACUAUCGUCGACGAGCCGCUGCGAGCCGCCAACGUGAUCCCUCUCAAUGGGAGCUUAUGGACCAGGCGGAGAUCCAGGGACACCUCUAUCAAGGACGGGAUAUCGAAGUGUCGACACCGACGCCGGCACGAGGACGUGGACGGGGCUCGGGGGCUCAGCCCGUCUCAGAGGCUGGGUGGGGCGAGCGGCAUCCCCUCUGUGCCAAUGACAAGCGCUGGUUCAGACUGCUGUUUCACGGCGUCAUGGAGCAGCGGCUGCCCGUGCCCGAGGGGUUGGUCUUGGUGUAUGCGCCGCGGGAUGAGGGCGAGCUUCAGGUACUGGAUGCCAUCUUGCAAGCGGCGGUUUGGUAUGCCACGCGGGGUGAGGUGUGCCCGGUAGUUUUCGGCGCCGAACACCCGAAGACUGAGAACCAGGGUAGCGCUCAGCUCAGGGGUGCCGCAUUGUGCGAGCGCUGCUUCAUUUCCAUGCGGAACGCGCCCCCAUCGGGGAGGGGGGGUUGUCUACAUGUGUGCACUUGCCCAUAUGCGGUGGGUAAAAAAUGGGAGGAUUCCCCCAACAAGCUGCAGGAGAUCACGUUGCCAGAGACGGGCGGGGACCUGGGUCUCUCGAACCCCCAUCGGGUAUGGUCAACACCAGAUCCUGUCACACCGUGGGGGCCGAACCCGGAAACAAGCAGUCCGUUGUCCCCAUUCGAGCCCCUCAGUUUUCCGAAUUACGCAUGGCCUGGUUAUACACCCUUUGAGGGGGCCAACCUGGCACAAGUGGAGGCAACCCCUGACACCGACGACGUCGACCAAGGUGAACAAGACUGUUCCAUGUUUUCUCCUCGGCCAUACCCUGGCAGAAGUCGGGGCGGCCCGGCGGCUUCUCCACAAUCAUGCAUUGGCAUCUUGGAGGGAGAAGCGAUCGGCCUAUCACUGGCAGCCGAGCCUACGGGCGGGUUGGAGGGGCGUGUUCCUGCGAUUGCGGUGGGACAUCACUGGUUGCGAUACGAGAAGGAAGGGGAAGAAAAGGAGAAGGUAAUGAUGGGGGCAAUGAUGCCUUUACAGAGGACGACUUCUUUUAAGUGA